AUGGCGAGCGCUUCUACAUCGGCAACGGGAGGCGAGAGCUCCGAACUCUCUCGCAAGCCAUCCAAGCUCGUCGCUCGCUCCAACACGCUCCACCGCUCGCCACACAGCCACAGCGGAUCAGGUGCAGGUCUCUGGCUUGCCAACAGUCCAACCUCCGAAACCUCUACUUUUGCCGACGCAGUCAACUCGCACGCCGACCAACCACUUACACAGCCUGCGGACAGUCAACCAGCAACUUCGUCUUCGCAGCAGGAUGGCGCUGCAUCUGGCCAUGCCAAGAAGGUCUACCACUUUUCGGCAGAGCUUGCGCGUGCCUCGUUCGGUGGUCGGCCUCUGACGCUCGGUGGUGGAUCGAGAGAUUAUGACCCAAUUUAUACCAACAAACAAGCUACAGCGCCUUCGGAUGAUGAUGGAGAUGUUGACCUCGAUCUGUCGUUUGACUACAUUUCUCGAUUCGACCGAUCCUCGUCCUCCUCGAAGCAGCAAGACUCGAGCGGACCUGCUUUUGACUCGUCUGCUGAGCGCGACACGUUACCUCCUCCGACGAGCCACUUUUCGCCCGACGACACGCCAGAAUCGUUCCAAGCUUCCGAGAGCCCUGAUGUCGAACCAGCAACACCACCCAAGUCAGCCUUGGCACCCAUAUCAUCGCCCUCCCACCCCCAAUCGUCCGCGACAGGGUCGGGCACAUCACCAUCACCGAGCAGCAAGGCGAUACGAAGCAUGCGAGCCAAUGCAGUCUGGGACAAACGCAAGAAAGCACCGCCUGCACCACUCACCUUGACCCCUGGCUCCGAAGCCAAGCGGCAGCGUCAGCUAGCAAUGCAGAAACCACAACAUGCACUUGCUGAAAAAUCCUCUUUGCCGUCACUCAGUACUCGAAAAGUAGGUCCCACUAUCGAGCUGCCUCCGCUCGGCCAAGAGCUCGUCGGUAAGAGCAUAUUCUCUCCCAUCACACCCGCGACCGACUCUAUACCGUUCCGAAGCAACUUUGGCGCUUCCCACGCUUCGGAAGAGCCGCUUCCUUUGACACCCCUCAGCGCCACAAGACGGGGUGCAGCCAUCAAUCGUGUGCUGCCACAAGACGAUGGCAGCAGCAUCACAGCAGACGGCACAUCCGGUUCCCACGCUUGCACUCCUGACUCGGCAGCCAUCCGACGAGCAGCAUCGACAUCGACAGCUCGCGCCAUGGCCAAGCAGAGCUCGGAGGCGUUACGACGGACCCCCACGGCUGCGGCGGCACAUUCGCCGUCCUAUGCUUCGAAUGUGACACCGAUGCAGACACGUCGUCCGCGCUCGCAGUCAAAUCGGUCCUUCCGAGCCUCUGCAUCGCUCGCCUCACUAGGACCUCCGCGGUUCCCGCCUCCCAACGAGCCACUGCCUUCGCCUGCCCUGAGUCCCUCGUUCCAAGAGCACUCGCUGCCGUCGACUUCAGCUUAUCACACGGCCAACGAUGCCAACUCGGUGCUUAGCAAAGCGGGGCGCUCUCGGCCGUCUGCCUCUUCGAUAGACUACAGCGAGGCGGCUCGUUCGCUCAGGUCGAGAACCACACAAACGGGGCGCAGCAGCUUGGACAGCUUCCGCACCGCCAAUUCGGAUGGAAUGGCUGUGACCGCUAGCAGUCACAGCAUUCACGACGGCCGCAGGUGGGCGUCGGGUGACGGGUCUCAACCUCCUCCGUUACCACCGCUUCAACGGUACGAAGCGCUGUUCCCAAAUCAACCCGAUCGGGGCAACGCGCAGCAUUCACAGAGCAUUGGUGCUGUUACCUCUGCAACCACAGCCUCGACACUGACCUCGAUGCCGAUGGUAUUCAGCAGCACGGUAGGCUCGACAGCAACAACAGCAAUGACAUGGAGCAUGUCGGAUCAAUCCACACCUUCGACGCACCAGUCGCCGUUCACCCCCUUCACGCCAGCGUUUUCCGACAUGAUGCCGGGCACUGCUACGACGUCCAAGACGCACUUCACGGCGAUUACGAGACCGUCCAUCUCGAGUGAGAUGCCUCACACUGGCGAGGCGCAGAGCAAGACGGUCGUCCACACAGACGCGAUCUCGCACGGCGGUGCGGCUGCUACACUCAAAGAGGCAUCGGAUGACCAAGAGCAGGGGCGGGGUAAACGCAACACGGAGCAAUGGAUAUUGACGCAGCGUCAGCGCAAGGCGCUCCUCCAACAAGAAGAGCUUGCUUCGCAGCAACGACUGCUCGACGCUGACCAGGAAGCAAUGCGCCUGUCUAUCCGUGCCGACGAACGUAUCAGCCGAGUAGUACCGUCGUUGAGCGUGCCUCCAACAACGACAGCAGAGGAUUCUGCGCAAGCAAGGUCGAGGCAAGAUUCGAGAAGCACCGACGCCACCGACGACGAUCAACAUGCCAAAAUUCGACAGACGCUGGUCAUCUCCACCGCAUCGACGCCAGACGAGAGUGUCGAUCCUUUCCACUUUGUUACGGGUCAGCCAUCUCUGAUGCCCGCUUCUGGCCGCGAUACUGGGGCGGCAGCAAUGGGGCGUGCUGCUUCCCACAACGCUCUGGAGUCGUCCUCGACCAAAGGUGCCCUGCCUAUGACGCGCAAUCGCAGUGGCACGACCGGUCCGUGGCCGCAAUCGCCUCUGCUGCUCAAUUUCAACUUGCAAGGCGAAGGCAAGGCGCCGACGCAAGACUCGGUCGUGUCUCCAGCCUUGACAACCAUCAUUAAUAGUGUAGAAGCGACGCCGGAGAUCGAUGGUCACCUCGAUAGCGAGAGAUACGGUGAUGUACAGCACAACCAGGCGGUCCAAGGUCUCGGCCUGGACAUCGACUACCCGUCUACGCACGUCGGAACCUCCCGCGACACUAGUAAAGGCUUUGCACCGGUCACGACGGACCUGCUGCGCAAAGCAUCACGCUACAUGGAUCAGCACGCACAGGACGCUGCGUCUCCGCACCUAUCGAUCCAGAUGUCCCCAGACAUCGAUGCGCUGCAACGCACACGGUCAAAGUCUAGAGAAGCCCUGCUCACGCGCGGAAGCGGCCGUCACGAGGAGCUCAACCAAGACGUCGGAUUCGACCUCGCAAGCGGUCCAAGCCCUCUGCUGCCCAACGACUGCCGCUCUCCGCGAACCGUGAGCGGCAAGGAGGUCGGCAGCAGCGGUCCGGGCGGUCUGAAUGGGCUCGUGACUGGAGCCUUGCAGACCGACAUGACGGUGCACCGCGCUCAAGUGACCACCGCCAAUCGAACGAUUGGUCCGUCGCAAAGCAUCGCAUCAUCCAUCUCUGCCUUUGUGUACAACGCUACACCCGCUCCCACUCCCGCUGCUGCUGAGGCCGACACUGGUCGGCACCUCGACGUGCCCGCCAAGCCAAAGACGGGCAGCAUCGGAUGGCGCCGCAACGCACGUCGCAGCCGAGACACCCCCGCUCAGACGCUGGGACAAGGCAUGCGGCCUGACAAGCAUCUGGCCACAGACAGCGCCGACGUCAAGUUUGUCAACAUCGACCUCGACGAUGGUGGGCUCGAGACCGAGGUGACGCUCGGCGGGCGGGACGAAGCCAACAAGAGCGGCGACAGCGCCAAAGGCGGACAAUGGGUCAGCAAGCUUUGGAACGCCGUGUCAUCUCCUAGACGUACCUCUUUCAAUCUCGGUGCAGCACCGGGAGAUCGCAGCGUGGAUCUCGAGCUGGCCAACAGCUCCACUGGUGAGCAGAGCAAGGAUCAAGAUCAAGCACCAGCACCGGUGUCGAAGAGCGCAAGGACGGCUUCGCGCGGAUCCUUCCGACCGCUUUCGCUCGUAGAGAAGCGCCAGAGCAGUGGGAAGUACCAGCUCGAAGCGGCGCGACAGAGGUUCCGCUCUCCGACACCCGGCGAGGAGGAUGAGGUGGCUGAAAAGGAUGCCCGCGCUGUGGCUUUGCGAUUGCUCGCUGGCUCGCCGCGGAUCCCUCCGCCCGUCGAAGAGGGUGCUCCUUCCGAGGAGCCGCCAAAGCAGAGCCUCGAUCGCGCCGACCUUUCUGCCGAAGAGCGAGAGAAGGAACGCAUCGAGGCACUCAAGAAGCUGCGCCGCAUGAGCGCGGUCGAGCGUCAGAGGAAGCGCAGUUCGGGCAUCGGGUACAUCACUUCCGCUUCGAACACUGCUGGCUCUCCCAGGCUGACGUACAUCACGGACAAGAGCAAUGAUGUCGAAGAAGCACAUGGACCAGACGCGUCCGUCCGCCACGGAGGUCUUUCGAGGGUUGCGAGUCUCAACAAAAGCAGCAACAACAAGAGGAUGUCGCUCACUGUCUUCGGCGGCAAGGAGCGUGCUGGGGGUCUUACGGAGGCAGCCGCACCUACAGGACUGGCAACAGGUGCACCGGAACGAGCUUGGCUGGACGCCAUGCGCUCUCCUCGAGUCGCCGAGUCUCCGUCUGGCUUCACGCCCCGCAUGACUUUCGAUCCUCAAGACUGGAGCACGGGCUUGAGCUCGCAGCAGCAGCGGCACGGUCGGAACCAUGCAGCCGCCGCCCCUUCGUCGGCGGCCAAUCACAUCCCCCUCAUGCUCUCCAACAGCGCUCUCUCUCGCCCUCAAGCUUCGGGCCCAGGGGUGGAGUCGGUUCAAGAUCACGGACUCACCGUGUCAGAGCUGAACUGUGCUCGCGACGAGAUGCGCCGUCUCGCCGGUCAGGGGAUGGCGUUCAAGGAAGACGAGCUUGCGCACGAUGCAGUCGAGACUUACCACACGCCGAUGCCUGCACAGGACACGUGGACUUACGGUGCUGAGCAACACGAUCACCACCGUUAUGUCCAUGAGGAAGGCGCUGCGGAACUGCACGCGGCGGGUCAGCACCAGACAACCGAAUUGGGCGACUUUGGCAUCAGCCCCGAGAAGAAGCCACCGCGUCUACACCGCCGCACGCGCACCGCUCGCUUCGCGGACGAAGACCACCACCAACUCUACGAGCACGAGUACGAGCAGGACCCGCCCACCGUCUCGAUCUUCACGCGCAGCCAACAGCAUCGCCACCGUGCAUCGGGCAACUUCAGCGUGCAGUUCGGCUCGCACACCCAACCUCCAGUGACCGAGGAGCGUAGCCGCUCCAAACGCCGGGCGAGCCACUACGCCGGUGCCGACGGUGGCGGCCACAGCCUGUUUGCGACGCCCGCAGCCUUGCUGGAAGGUAACACACCGAGCAAAAACAUGUUCUGGGCUGGCUUCCUCGGCAUGCCCUGGCUGUGGAUGAUCGGCGGCUGGUACCUUACGCCGGAUGGUCAGCUGAGGCACCCAUCUGCGGACGAUCCGCGCCUCAGAAGGAAGGUGGACGUCUGGCAGCACGAACCCAGUAUGCAAGGCCAAGGGUCGGCCAACUCGAGUCCCAACCUCGGUUCGAGCUCGACUACAUUUGGCGCCUCGAGCUACGAGCAGAGCUGGGCCAUGGGUCAGGCAGGCGAGAGCGGAUCGGCGACGGGACUGGGAUUGGACAUGCGAAACGGUGCGCAAUCGGCAAUGUCGUUCGCCGCUUCGUCGACAGGCACUUUUAACAGCGCAAAGACGACCACCAGCGACCCGAACAUGCCACCUCCGAGCAAGACGCGCAAGAGCAAGACGCGAAGCUUCGGAACGCUGCUUGACGCCAACCCGCAGGUGAGCUUCUACCAAUCGCCCGUUCGCGUCGUCCAAGAGCCGCAACCCAGCUUUGGCAACGUGUGGCGCAGCAAUCAGGGUAUGGAGCCUCUGCUCGAGAUGGAGGAGCCUCGUCGAAGCCGUCUCUUCGCCGGCUACCCGGACGAGAACGAUCACGAUCGCGCCUACACUGCUUCGCCGGCAGUGUCCUCUUCUGAAGGCUCGACCGCUGUCUCUGCAGCCGAGGCAAGGGGCAAGACGGCGAGUGGCUAUCAGGUGGCGGUGGCGACAAAGACGAGAGUGGCGACGCCUUGGAAGGAUCUCGAGAGUCAGAGGCAACCUCGCGUUGAUGAUGACGAUGACAAUGAUGGCGGCAGCGGUGGUGGUCAGAAGGAGACGAAGCGAGGCCUGACUUCGUGGGAUGCCGUGCGUUGGCUGUCAAGCCAUGCUACGCCGAACGGCAGUCCCACACGGCAGCCAAGCAAGCUUCCCCCAGCAGCGACGCAGGAAGCGCCUCUCGGAGCAGGCAACAGCUCCAUGUUGCUCGCCGGGGCAGCCGCCGCACUUGCCGCUACCUCUUCCGCCGCCACCACCACCGCCUUGCCAGGAGGACUCGGCGGACUUCUCACCGCUCUCCUCAACCCAACCGUCCCCUUACCCUCCACCAAAGCCUCGACUGCCGCCCAACAACGAGGCGCAGACGUCAUGCUCUCCACUUUCAACCACCUUGUCUUCCUGCGUGCCAUAUUCCGCGUCAUCUUCCGCGUCAUCGUCCUCGUCCGCUUGGCGCGGUUCCGCAAUUCGGCCAUGCCCAUCUCUGCGCUCGUACUGAAUGAGCUGCUUGGUUAA